AUGGAUGAAACAGCGAUGCUGUUCGCGUUGGUUAUCGUGAUGUUGGUCGGUUCCUACCUGGCCGGAAACAUUCCGCUCAUAAUGUCGCUAUCGGAGGAAAAGCUAAAGAAUGUGUCCAUAUUCGGUGCUGGUUUGCUUGUCGGUACGGCCCUAACUGUGAUCAUACCCGAGGGAAUUCGGUCUCUGUAUGACGAAAGAUCGUUAGAACAGGCUGCUAAAGGUCCCGGAACAUCAUCCGGUCUGCCGGUGGACGAGCACAAGCACGAACACAGCAACGAUGAACAUUCGGCCACGAUAGGAUUGUCCCUGGUGCUCGGGUUUGUGUUCAUGAUGCUCGUGGACCAAGUGUCCUCUCGGCGAACGGAAGGAUCAAGCGAGCGCAAUCUUACCGCCACGAUCGGACUGGUCGUACAUGCAGCCGCAGAUGGUGUGGCUCUCGGAGCGGCCGCCACCACAAGCCACUCGGAUGUGGAGAUCAUCGUGUUCCUCGCCAUUAUGUUACACAAAGCACCGGCAGCGUUCGGUCUGGUGAGCUUUCUGCUUCACGAAGGUGUCGAGCGAGACCGAAUUCGGAAGCACCUGCUCAUCUUUGCCCUGGCCGCACCGGCACUCACUCUGCUGACUUACUUUGGCAUCGGUAGUGAACAGAAGGAAACCCUCGAAUCGCUCAAUGCGACCGGUAUUGCAAUGCUGUUUUCGGCUGGUACCUUCCUGUAUGUGGCCACCGUGCACGUCCUACCGGAGCUAACACAUCGUGGUGACCAUGGACACGGGCACAGCCAUGCGCAUCAUCACGGAAACUACAGUCUGCUUGAACAGGCACCGCCCAGCUCAUCGGCCGCCGUCAGUGGGAAACCGCCCCCAUCGUCGGGUGGUCCGAGUGGACUGAAAAACUACGAGCUGGGUUUACUUAUACUUGGUGCUUUGGCACCACUAUUCCUAACGCUAGGUCACCAUCACUAG